AUGUCAUUCAUCACACGAGCCACACCCUACUUCAUUCAAUGCAAUUCUCAUGGUUCCUUGCCCGUUUAUACUAAUGUUCGCAAUGGUGGCACAAAAUAUCUCGUUACAAUCCGCAACGUCCAAGGCCAGCUUAACUCUCUCGCCAACGACUUAAAAAAAUCCCUCUUCAGCCACAAUUCUCCAGAGGCCAAUCGACUAAAAGUUCAGGCCAUAGCACAAAGGCAUCUUGUCAUCAUGGGUGGCCGUUGGAAGAAUGAUGUGAUCAGUUGGCUCACGUCCAAGGGUUUUUACAUAUGUACUAUCAUUAUUUAA